GGCUUGCGCAGAAAGGACCAACCGGUCUCUGAGCCAGAACCCCUCGCCUCCAAUUAUUCCGCUGUUCUGCGUCUGCACCCCUGAUCCCGAUCUAACUCGUUAAGCUUGGGCUAGUUCACUAGACUGGCGGGUACGGUGGACUGCUGUUUGGCGCCUGUCUUCCGCCAGAAGCCCCCGACAUUCUGGGUCCCGACCUCGAUCCUCCUUCUGAAGAAAACUGUUGCGACCUCAACCGCCGUCCCUGCUGCUGGCAUAGCUUGAUCACGGCCCUUGACGCCCGACGCAGAUAGAAUCCGCCGACAUGGCUUCGAAGUUUUUACGAGAAUACAAAUUGGUUGUUGUCGGUGGAGGUGGUGUCGGAAAGUCAUGCUUGACAAUCCAAUUAAUCCAGAGUCAUUUCGUCGAUGAAUAUGAUCCGACAAUUGAAGACUCCUACCGCAAGCAGUGCGUCGUUGACGAUGAGGUCGCCCUGUUGGAUGUUCUGGAUACGGCCGGACAGGAGGAAUACUCGGCAAUGCGAGAACAGUACAUGCGGACGGGCGAGGGUUUCCUUCUCAUCUAUUCCAUCACCUCGCGCCAGUCGUUUGAGGAGAUCAUGACCUUCCAGCAACAGAUUCUGCGGGUCAAGGACAAGGACUACUUCCCCAUCAUCGUUGUGGGUAACAAGUGCGAUCUGGAGAAGGAUAGAGUGGUCACGCAACAAGAGGGUGAGGCUCUUGCAAACCAAUUCGGUUGCAAGUUCAUCGAGACGUCAGCCAAGUCACGCAUUAACGUCGAGAAUGCGUUCUAUGACCUUGUCCGUGAGAUUCGCCGCUACAACAAAGAGAUGUCUUCUUACUCCGGUGGUGGUGCCGGUGCCGGUGCUCGUGCCCCCGAGGGCAAGAUGGACAUGAACGAGCCCGGCGAGAGCGCCGGUUGCUGUGGAAAGUGCAUUAUUAUGUAAAUUGCGUGGGCGUUGGGUUCGGUUUACAAAGAGCGCAAUUCGAGAAAGAAAAAAAGAAAACCAGGACCGGGACCAGGAAUAUGCGAUUACCUGGGUAUUACAAAACUAAUGGCCGGUCGGUGCAUUUGGCUGGACAUUUGAGACAUGAGGCUGUCUUUGGGAUGAUGUCUGCUGGUCUUUUAAUGCUGUCAUCGUCCGCACGAAUGUUC